AUGACGCUGUCUCUGGCAGAGAGAGAGUGGAUUGUGUAUGCUGCUAGGCACAAUGCUAUCGUCAAGACACUUGGUACCGCGAUAGACCCGCUUAUUGAGGGUCCUAUAGUCUGUUCGAGCGCCGUGCAAGAGGGCUUGAUGUUUGAGGAGAGGGAGGCUUUGGCCAAUGCAAUCAGCGGGAUAAAUGCCAUUCGGCGGGUGCCUUUGAAGAAGCCGUGGAAGUCUUUCUGUCAAGCUGGCGCCCUGUCCAACCCCUCCGGUAGCUAUCGCCUCGUCUGCGGCGCCGAAGAAUUCACCUGGAGGGAGGACCUUGACCCGAUCAAUAGCACAAUCACCGCCGUCAUGGACUGCGCUAUGCAGAUGGCCGGCGUCACUGGGCGCGAUCCUACCUCAGCAAUACCCCUUGGGUUUUGGUGGGAAGAUCCCGACGAUGCGGAGACCAAGAAGCUGCUCAGUCGCAAGGAGCCAGGGGUAGCACGAGCGGCGCUUGCCGCUUCCAUGUAUUUGUCUUCCGAGGUCGGCAUCUUUAUUAGGUGCUGA